CACGCAUCGGCUACACACACACACACACACACACACACACACUCUCUCUCUGAGAGUGAGCGAGGAUCUCAGUGCGCAGUGCGGAGCUGAAAACAUGAGCAGCGUUGCAUUGAUGUUCAGGGUUUGUGCAUGAUGCAUUAGACACACACAGGUGUGAUUUGACAGAGAUCAUGCGUGCGAUGCGCUCGAGUGUCUCUUCGCGGGGAAAGUGUCUUCAUGAGUGUCCAAAGUAACAGCAACAGCAGUGGAAGUUUGGACGGAGCGCCAUCUUGCUCUCAGUUCUCGACUGGAUCUCCGACCCCGGGCUCAGUUUCUCCGCUCGAUAUCUGCGCUCCGCGGAGGCGUAAGGAAGGUAUGGAUGAACUGCAUUCUCUGGAUCCACGCCGGCAGGAGCUUUUAGAGGCACGUUUCAUCGGAGCAGUUAGUGGAAAUACAGGAGGAAGCACAGGGAGCGCGAGUGGAGGACCUAAAGGUUUGAACAAUAACGAAUGUUCCAGUCACAGUUUUGGCAGCCUGGGGUCAUCUAGUGACAAGGAGUCUGAGAACUCUGACAUAAAGAAAGGAGGAUCGCCUGCAUAUUCAACUCCAGAGAAGAAGCACUCCGAGUCGUCCAGAGGAAGAAAGAGGAAGGUUGACAACCAGUCAGAGAGCAGCCAAGGAAAGUCUUCCGGCCGAGGGCCCAAGAUCAGCGAUUAUUUUGAUUUCCAGGGAGGAAACGGAUCAAGUCCAGUCAGGGGGCUUCCUCCGGUCCUGCGCUCACCACAGAACUCUCACUCUGCACCCGGCUCUAUCGUCAGACAGAACAGCUCCUCACCCACCAGCCUGUGUUUCAUGGAUCACACAGUGAAUCCAAAACAGCUGAGCAGCAGAAGUGUCCAGACGGAUUUGACACUGUUGAAACUGGCUGCACUUGAGAGCAAUAAGAAUCUUGACCUUGAGAAGAAGGAGGGCAGAAUAGAUGAUCUACUCAGGGCGAACUGUGACCUCCGCAGACAGAUAGAUGAGCAGCAGAAGCUGCUGGAACGUUUCAAGGAGCGUCUGAACAAAUGCACUACGAUGAGUAAAAAACUGCUCAUUGAGAAGAGCACUCAAGAGAAGCAGUCCUGCCGUGAGAAGAGCAUGCAGGACCGGCUGCGUCUGGGGCAUUUCACCACAGUCCGGCACGGAGCGUCCUACACGGAACAGUGGACAGAUGGAUAUGCCUUCCAGAACCUGGUCAAGCAGCAGGAGUGGAUAAACCAGCAGAGGGAAGAGAUCGAGAGGCAGCGGAAACUUCUAGCGAAGCGCAAACCUCCCAGCACACCCUCCUCCCAGAGCCCGACCCCCAAUGAGUCCAAACAGAGAAAGACCAAAGCUGUCAAUGGAGCUGACAACGACCCCUUCCUCAAACCCAGCCUGCCUACACUGCUGACUGUAGCAGAGUAUCACGAGCAGGAAGAAAUCUUCAAACUAAGACUGGGCCAUCUCAAAAAGGAGGAGGCAGAGAUCCAGGCGGAGCUGGAGCGGUUGGAGCGUGUGAGGAAUCUGCACAUUCGAGAACUUAAAAGAAUCAACAAUGAGGACAGUUCUCAGUUUAAAGACCAUCCAACCCUAAAUGAAAGGUAUCUUCUCUUACACUUGCUGGGAAGAGGUGGUUUCAGUGAAGUUUACAAGGCAUUUGACCUGUUUGAGCAGCGAUAUGCAGCUGUGAAGAUCCACCAGCUCAACAAGAACUGGAGAGAAGAAAAGAAGGAGAACUACCACAAACAUGCCUGUAGAGAAUAUAGAAUUCACAAGCAACUGGACCAUCCCAGAAUAGUCAAACUCUACGACUACUUUUCCCUGGACACUGACACAUUCUGCACCGUUCUCGAGUUCUGUGAGGGGAAUGAUCUCGAUUUCUAUCUGAAGCAACACAAGCUGAUGUCUGAGAAAGAGGCUCGCUCCAUCGUCAUGCAGAUAGUCAACGCCCUCCGAUACCUCAAUGAGAUCAAACCACCCAUCAUCCACUACGACCUGAAACCAGGAAAUAUCCUGUUGGUGGAUGGAACAGCAUGUGGGGAGAUAAAGAUCACAGACUUUGGCUUGUCUAAAAUCAUGGAUGACGACAGCUAUGGUGUGGACGGGAUGGACCUGACAUCGCAGGGAGCCGGAACCUACUGGUAUUUGCCACCAGAGUGUUUUGUCGUUGGUAAAGAACCUCCAAAGAUCUCUAAUAAAGUAGACGUGUGGUCUGUGGGCGUUAUUUUCUUCCAGUGCCUGUAUGGACGAAAGCCGUUUGGCCACAAUCAAUCCCAGCAAGACAUCCUUCAAGAGAACACCAUCCUGAAAGCCACCGAGGUGCAGUUUCCUGCCAAACCUGUGGCGAGCAACGAAGCCAAGGCGUUUAUCCGCCGCUGUUUGGCUUACAGGAAGGAGGAUCGCUUUGAUGUCCACCAGCUGGGCAGUGACUCGUACCUUCUUCCUCACAUGAGACGAUCCAAUUCGUCUGGGAACUUGCAGGCCACGCCCGCAAGCCCCGCCUCUUCAGGAAUCAUCUCCUACUGAUUGGCUGAUCGAUCUUGAUUGACGGUUCUGAUGGCGAGUUCCCUCCCUUCAUCACCUCGGGGUGGACAGGAAGGGGGAGGAGCUAUAUAUGUCAGCUGUAGGACCCGCACACAGCGGCCACAGUGACUGCCAUUGAUAUUGGGGCAGGAAUGGCUGAUGUCAUUUCCUGUGUGGAUCCAGAUGUCAGUCAGAGCUAGAACCAUUUGAAAAUGGAUAUUUGUUUUUUACACAAGGCAUUUUGUGGAGUAGAUUUGGGAGGGUCGCGCUAACGUUUUAGCUUCUUGUUGAUAUCCUCCCUGAGCUACGCCUCUGUAACGGGGUGUUUCGUUUUGUGUAAAUGUGAAAUUUAGAGACAAUUAAUAGUAGUGUGAUUGGAAAUAGAAGAAUGAGUGUUUUAAUGUGACACAAUAGUGUCUGUAUGAGAAUUUGUGUGUGUGCGCCUGUAAAUGGAUGUUUUACGCCACAGCGUUAUAUGUUGGCUGUUCAUAACAUACAUGUGUUGGGCACAGAUUGCAAGGUGUGAGUGUUACAAAAAUGCUGUGUCUAUUUUACUUCAAAGUAACAUGUAUGAAAAAUGUCAGUUUGUUUAAAUGGGCUUAAUAUUUGCAAAAUGUGGAUGGGUGAAUCUCACCAAAAAUGUCCUGGUCACAUUUCACCCCAAAAUCAAGGGGAAAAAAGUUGCUUAAUUUACGUGAAAGAAAUGAAGUUUUUUUUUUUUUUUUUUUAUGUAGAUUUUAACAGAUUUUGUCAAUUUUCAUGACAGUUAAGCAUUUAAAAAAUAUAUAUAUAUAUAAUAUGUAGUAUUUUUAUAUUGUUUUAUAAAAAUUAUGUAUUUGAAUGUGUGUGAGUGGACACACAUGUAUGUUUAUUUUACAUCAGUAUAUACACACAUACACACUAUAUAUGCUGAUGUAAAUAUAUAUUUUUUCAUUUUAUAUGUGUAUAAAGAUAUUUGUAUAUAUAUAUAUAUAUAUAUAUAUAUAUAUAUAUAUAUGUAUAUGUUGUAGAAAUUCGUUCCCUGUAAUAGUUUAACUGUCAUGAAAAUUGUCUUAUGUCCACACACACACACACGCGCGUGCACGUGUUCUGUGAGGGAAAUGGAAAAAGUGUGUGUGUGUGUGUAUGCUUUUUAAAGUACUUUUUAUUUACAUCAGCAUGAGUUAAAGGCAAUAUAAUAAAUACUAUGUGCAUAUACAAUGUGUAUUACAGUGAGUAAUUUUCACCCAAAUAAAAUAGGGUUCUUUAGAUUUUGGAGUGGAAAAUGACCUGGACGUGUUGUUGACCAGUUUCAUGAGAUUCACCUGUUUGUCCUGCAUGUAGGGGGAGAACCCGUGAAAUCAUCUCAGUAGAAUAAACCUCCUAUAGCAGAUCUCAAACAUCACAUACGAGUACAUUAAUGAAUCUAGCCUGUGCAGGGUUUCAUAUUUUCUCAGUUUGUUGGUGACUUUUGUUGUCUGAUGCGGCAUCAUUGCCUCGCUGCACCCUGACGUUGCUUUUAGUUUCACGAUUUACUCCGAUUAUGAUUCAGACCAAAUACGAAUUUGAUUUACCAGGAAACAGCAUGAAUAAACCUCCAUUGUGGUUGUGAAUGAGGUGUGUGUGUGUGUGUGUGUGUGUGUGUGUGAGCGAUGAUUGACAACAGACGGAAGGUGGGCCGGACCCCACCCCACCCUUGUUCAUUAACCCCUUUAUUCCCAGACCCAGUGCUGUCAUGUUGCUUAGCAACCCUCGCUGAUCCCGGAGCCUGAGUAAGGCCAGCAUCUCCGAACGACGUGGACCGGACCACGAUCGAACGCUCGAAGCUUCCAGAGUCUGUUUUCAGGGGACGAAUCUCAGCUUUUGUUGUUUCCUCUCUAAAUACUCUUUCAACCCCAGAAGCAGUUUUCAGCUCAACAUAAUAUGGUGACCUGUCUCCAAGUGCUGCUGCGAUUGUAGAGAAUGUAGCCAAAAGAGAAAUAAACAUUUUUGAAAAUA